CACAAAUUAAGGGUUAGAAAAGCAUUUCAAGGGAAAUUUGUUCUCGGUUGGAAAUUGUUUGAAUAUCAGAGGAAAUACAUGAGUCGCCGAUCCUCAAGGAACGGAAGAAGAAGUUUAGAUAGAUCUGGAGAAAUUCCUCUUGAACAAGUAAUACAGAACGUAGAAGAUACUGUGCUAGGAGGCGAUAGAGAGUCGGUGCGUUCGGUGGGGGCGAGGGUGCGGGAAAUUAUUACCGAGAAUUUGAGAGAACCGGAUCGAAGUGGUUCAAGCUUGUCAGAUAUCGCCAUGUCCCGAAACUUACAGGAAGAAAAUCGGAUGCUCCAAGGAGAGCUGAGCAGAGUGGAAGAUUUAUUAUCCCAAGCUCGUGCUGACCGUGAUGAGGUUGCUAUCAAAUACAAUGCAUGUAGUGAGAGGUUGGAACAAGCCUUGAGAUUGGAGAAGGGGGAAAGGGAUAAAGGCUCUGUUGAAAAUAAGACCUUAUCCAUGCAGAAUGCUGUUUUGCGUCAAAAACUUGAAGAUGAACAAGCAUCGUACAAAAGGAAGCUCCAAGCCUACCAGGAGGGGCAGCAGCGGCAAGCACAACUUGUGCAGAAGCUACAAAGCAAGGUUCUUCAAUACAAGAAGAAAUGUGGAGAGCUAGAGGAAGAGAUAGCUGUACUCCGAGAUGAAUCUGACAGAUCCAAGAUGGCGCUGUCGGAGACAACGGACACCCUUCAAAACAGACUUGAUAAUACCGAAGCUCGCCUUCGUCGUACGGAAGCAACACAUACGACUGACUUGGAAGAUGCUCUUAUUAAGUUGGAGGAGGAGAAACAGAGAUGCGAGAGUCUUGCAGAGGUGAACUCCAUGCUCCGUGAACAACUGGUUUCAGCGAACGAUUCGAACGCCGCCCUUGCCGACGACCUUCGCAAGGUUACUGAUGAUUGGAAUGAUGUGAAACAAGAGCUUAAGACCAAGGAAUCCGAAUGGAGAGAAGAGCAAGAGAACUUCAGUUCCUACUUCGGUGACGAGCACAGCCGCUUGCUUGCGCUAUGGAGGGCUGUUGUUCAGAUUCGUCGAGGUUUCGGUGACCUGAAGUCCAACACUCAACGAGAUCUCGCCCAAGCCAUUAACGAUGUGCAGAGGGGUGCUCGACAGCUUCAUGCAUCGUGUCUGAACCUCAACGCGAACCAAAGUGUACAGGAUACCUCAGCUAAGGUUUCCCUGGAAAAGGAACGCGGUGAGAAGGGCGAUGUUGAGGAGCAGCUUCGCAGGAAGGUAAAGGAGAUGCUUUCAAUGCAAUCAGACUUCGAUACAGAGAAGGCAAGAUUAAACGGAAGGAUUAAUGAGCUUACUGUUGCUUACGAUCGGGCUAAGUCACAACUCAGCGAUAAGGACAGAACCAUCGAUGAUUUGAGGACACCUUCACGACCACUCGAGAGCACACGAGUUGACGCGAGCGACGGUAUCAACGAUGAAGAAACUGCAGCCAACAUUGCAGCGGAGAAGCUAAGCUUGGAGAAGGCGUUGAGGGACAUUGCUCAAUCGGUUAUUGCUGAUGCUGACUUAGCGAUGGCACUCUCUGACAGCCCAAGAGCGUCCGCGGUUGAUGAGCUUACAGAUUCUAUGGCUGAUCUUGGACUUGGACAUUCACCAAGACGAGGUUACUCCCCAUUGAGGUCUCCAUCUCCAGGACGACGAUCUCCACGACGAGGAAGAUCUCCAGGAAUCCGAGGCGUGUCGCCAUCUUUUGCAGAUUCGACUUACAACGCUGUGCAAGCUGCACUGCAAAAACGUCAGUUGCAAGUUCAGGAACUUCGUGCCAAACUUGAAGCGGCUCGAGAUGCAGCUACUUCUCUUAAGAAGCAAUGUGCUGAUAGUGACAACGAUAGGAAGACUUUGGAGAGCCAACUGAUGGCCCUUAAGGAAGAACUGGAUUCAACCACCAGAGCUAAAGACGAUGCGAAGCGGGACGCAUACAGAUAUAAGUCAAACGCAGAAGUCGUGGGAAGCGAAAAGCAAGAAAUAGGAAAAGCACGUGAGAGCUUACAACAAAGAAUUGAUGCUCUUAUGGCAGAGAAAGAAAAACUGCAAGCUGCAAAUGCUGAAUUGCAAAGACAGAGAGACAACGUUGAAGAUGAAAAGGAAGAUCUUCUGAAGGAUCUUGCUCGUAAAGAAAAGGAACUUAAGAGAGGAAAAUCCACUGUUGACAACAUGGAUGGCAAGCACUCCUCUCUCCGUGAGCAACUUGUGACAACAAAAGAAGGUCUAAACAGAGCUGUUUUGGAAAAGGAAAUUAUGGAGGCCGAGAAAGCUGAAGUGGUCGAUGCUCUCGCCAAGGUGGAGCGCACCAAUGCUGAAAUUGAGCUGGCGCUGAAUAAACUGAAGACUGAGGAAGCUUCAUUGAGAGACCAACUUGCCAAGAUGCAAGCGCUUAAUGAAGGUCUUGCUCAGGAUAAGGUUGAUCUACACAAAGUCAUUGCAGAGAUGGAAGAAAAGUUCGCAGCUUUGGGUGCAGCUAAAUAUGACUUGGCUUUGGAGAAAGAUUCAAUCCGAGCCGAACUCAUCAAGACAGAGCAAGAGAAGAUGGAUCUCCAUAAUGAAAAGGCCGGAUUAGAUCACAGCCUCAUCCUCACUGAACAGAGCAGAGAGAAAUUGGAACAGGACUUAAUGUUGCUUCAUCGUGAGAAGGCAGAGCUCAACGAUGGUCUAACACAGUGCACUCGUGCCAAGACCAACUUGGAAGAACACCUAGAGAAAUGCAAGGAAGAUAUCGGUCGUUUGAACGAUAUUGGCAAUAAGUUGGCAAGAGAGAAGGAAGAGCUUACUAAGGAAAAGGCAAACUUAAUCGUUCAACUCACUGCUACUGAAAGAGAAAACAGAACCCUGUCAGAGGAAAUGGCUGGCUUAAGAGCUGACAAGGAAGCUUUGGAAACCAACUUGUUCGAUGUGCAAAACGUCGCAGCUGUUUUAGAAGCUAAGAAAGAACAACUUGAGGAAGUCAAUCAAAAUGCAAUGAUGAAGAACGAAGCGUUGCAAGUGGAAAUCGGAAGAGUAAGAAAAGAAAUGGAAGUCGAAUCAGCUAAGCUUCAACGAGACAUACAGCUCCUUAAUCAGUCGAUGAUUCAGCAAGAACGUGAGGCGCAGGUGGCUCUGAAGAAUGAACAACAAUCUCACGAAGAAGAUUUGGAGAAGGCUGGACAAGAAAAGGCAACACUUCGUUUGGCAUUGCAAGCUGAAAAGGAGGAAGUUAUGCAUACUAACGGAUUGGAAAAGGAAGACAUUGUGGCAAAAUAUGAAGCUGAGAAGCAGGAACUGCAGGAAGAGAUAGAAGCUCUAUGUCAGGAGCACAACGAAGCUCUUAUAAUGGCGGAGGCAGAGAAGCAACAAGGCCUGUCAAUCAAGGAAACUGAAAAGAACGCACUGCAAGAGAAACUUAAUAACGCAACACAAAAUAUCCAAGACUUGGAGAACGAAUAUGAGAAGCUUAAGAGACAAGCUAACUCCAAAAACGAAAAAGAUAGGGCAACCAUCAACCAAAUCACACAAGAGCUGAAGGAUUUCCGAACUCAGUUUGAAUUGGCAACUGAAGCUCACGAACGAGAAAUUAAGGGAUUGAACGAUGCUUGUAAACAAGUUCAUGCAAUGCGAGAUGCUGCAAUGAAAGAGGUCGAGGAACUUAAGUUGCAAUUGAGGAUGGUUGAAGAUGCGCGAGAUGGAGUUAGAAGAGAUCUCAUCGAGGCUCAGAGGAAGGUACGUGAAACCGAAGAGGCAAGAGACAGGCAACGAAAGGAGAAUCUGGAAUUGAGACGCGGAAUUAAUGAUGAAUGCCACGAGAAGCAAACCGUUUCGAAGACAAAUGACCAGCUUCGUACUCAAGUUAAGAAAGCGGAGCAGGAGAGAAUAUCUUUGAAACGAUCGAACGAAGAGAAAGACCAAAAGAUUUCGGUUCUUGAUGAAAGCAGAGCGAACACACAGAGGGAGAACGCUGACCUUCGUGCUAGUCUAAGAGAAGUUGAACGAAGCAGGCUUGAAGCUAGACGAGAACUACAAGAGUUGCGACGACAGGUGAAAAUGCUGGACAGUGAAAAUACGAAGAAGUCGAAAGAGGUUGAAGAUCUUCAAGCUCGUGUCUCAAGUGAUGAAGAACGUGAGGAAGAAAGCAGAAGAGAGUCGUUUGGACUCAAACAGAAGAUUGUUGCAACAGAAGCCAGCAAGGAACAAGCACUUAAAGAGAACUCAAUGCUGCAACGAAAACUCGCCGAAUUGGAAGACGAUUGUCGAAUCAAGGAGCGUGAUUACUUGGAACAACUUGGUGAAUCACAUGGUGCAUCCAAACGACAGAAGGAAGAGAUAAGGAACCUCUUGAUUAAGGGCGAAGAACUCGAAGAACAACUUGCAGAAAACAAACUUAAACUUUCUGCAUCGGAAGGAAGAGUAAAUGGCUUGGAAAAUGAAAUCGUGAAGAUUGAAGGAAACAAACGCGAUGUUGAGUUCAAAUUGGGCAGUCUGCACAGCGCUCUCAGAAGGACCCUUGGCAUCUCAAGACUCGGCCGUACUAUGAGUCCAAUGAGAGGUAGUUACAGAUCACCAAGUUCGUCACCACACAGAAGAUCCAAAUCUCCUGGAAAGAACUUCGACAACACCUUCACCACAACUACAGACGGAAAGGGAACUCCUAUCCCAACAACUGGCUCACCAGACAGAAACAGGAGUCUAUCACCAAGCUAUCGUCGUUCCGCAUCACCAACGCGAACCGAACAACUUGUACAAGACAUCGAUCCAGAAGUUGUACGUGCCGCCCUUAGAGAUUUCUUACAAGAGUUGAAAGAUACUCAGCGUGAGAAGGAUGAUACAAAGAUAGAAGUUUCUAAUCUGACAAGACAGUUAAUGGAGAUGGAGGCAGAUCGUGAUCGUGUCAACCAGAGGCUGCAACAACUGCAGAAGUCUCUGGGAGAAGCGGAGGAAGGUAAGCGAGGGGCACAUGGACGUCUUGCAUCAGCCCAGACCGCGCUUAUGCUGCAAGAAGAAACUAUCAGGCGAAAUGAAAGAGAAGCCAAGAGUACGGCUGAAAAACUCGCCCAACUAGAAAGAACUCAACAAAACUCUGAAGUCGAGAGACGUGCGUUACAGGAUAAGAUCAACAAGAUGAAGGCGCAAAGUGCAAAGUGUGAGGCAGAGAAGAGAAAGUUAAAGGAAGCAUUUGAGGCUUCCGAACAAAGAUCAACCAAACUAGAACUUGCGAGAAGGGCCAUUGAAGGGGAUUUACAACGCAACAAACUUUCUCUUACAGAUAAAGAAACUGGAAAUCAAGUUCUGCAAGAACGCAUUGCCAAUCUAUCCGCCCAGAUACAAGAUCUUGAGGGUAAGUGCACUUCACUUCAACUCACGAUUGACAGAUUAAGCAACGCGCUUGCAAAGACCGAGGAAGGAGAAAGUCACUUGAAAGACAAGGUGCAAUCGCUAUCACUGUCCAUGUCGGAGAAAGACGCAGCUACUACAUCACUGAACGACAAAAUCAGCCAACUUCAGAAAAUGCUGACGGCAUCCGAGCACGAUCGGCGUGUUUUGCAGGAACGCCUUCAAGCCGCACGUCAAACUGUGGCAGACCUGAAAAAGCAGAACUCAGCUCUACAAGAACGAGUACACUCAACAACACACGAAAUGGAAGACUCCGAAGUAAGAAGAUCAGAGCUUGAAAAUCAGACCAAGAGUCUGCAGCAGAUGAUCGAGCAAAACCAAGAGGCCGAGGCAGGAAGCAUGGAAAGAAUACAGAAACUACAAGAAGAGAAACGCAUUCUGCAAGAACGGAUAACUGGCUUGCAACGAGCCAUUGCUCAACUUGAUUCGGAGAAACGAGAGACACAGAGAGGAGCUGUCCGCCUCGAAAAAGACAAGAGCGCUCUUCAGAAAACAUUGGAUAAAGUUGAACGUGAGAGACUUAAGACAGAAGAGGAAACUUUGCGGUUGGCGGAAAACAAAGGGUUGUUGAAUAGAUCCCUGCGAGACAUGGAGGCUGAGAUGGAGGAUGCCAGGAAAACCAUUCAGGCACUGCAAGCGCAACUUGCCGACAGCGAGCAAUCAGGCGCUCAACGAUUAAUUGACGUGACAAGCCGCCAUCGACAAGAAUCCGAGCUGGAAUUGGAGAGAUUGAGAACUUCACAAGUACAAACUGAGAGAACGUUGGAGGCUCGCGAGAGGGCGCACAGGCAACGCGUAAAAGGCCUCGAGGAACAGGUCGCCACCUUGAAAGAUCAGUUAACUCAAGAAAUUCGCCGCCGACAGCCUUAUACUUCUUCUUCACAUCGAUCCAAGUCUUAAAUGUGAUUUCUAUUGUAAAAUGCCCUGCAGUGUGCCAAUUGCUUUUGCUUUUUAACAGUGACUGUCUGUAUGUUUCUUGCUAAAAUCACAUGACUGGUAGGUUUACAUUUCUGUUUGUAUUUGCACACAAUGUAUACACCAUUAAUAUCUGUGAAGGCAACGUUGGCUAUAUAAAACGAGGCAAAAAAGCCGACUUGCCGUUUUGCCUUAUACGCCCAACUUAUUAAUAUAAAUAGUGUACGAUACAUGCAUGGCAAAAAAUGUAUAUUAUGAAUUUAUACCUUUCUAAAUAUGUACUUAGCAUUGCAAAUAUAUAUUACCACAAUUGCUGUAGACGUUACGUUAAGUAUGUUGCAAAAUUGUCAAAUUAUCUGUUUAAUAACAAGAUCUGUAUAAAUUCCUAAAUUUCACUGUACUAUGUACAAAAUGUCACGGCUAGAGCUUAAUUUACGUUUUCCUUUAAUUAUUCCGUACCAUUCCAAUUACUUUAAAUCACUGUCCGCCUUUUGCUCCACCGUUUUUCGCGGGUAUACCUUUCGCUAUAUCUCAUCUGCACUGAUUUUUUUAUGGAGUGCCACAACAUAUUUUGUAAAAACCAACUGAGCACCACUGUAAACAAUGUACAAACCAAUUUUUUGAUAAACCCUGUAUUUUAAGCUCAACUACUGUAGUUAUAUUUACAAAAAAGAGUAUAUUUUUACAUUAUUGUUUUAUAUUCCUGUCGUACUAUUAUAGAUACGUAGUUUCACCAACGAUUGUAAAUUUAGAUUAAUUAAAGAAAGUGUGUUUAGUGGCGUUAAUCCGUCCACAAAAGGGCGCACUUUCCCUCUAAUAUAAUUAUUGUUUCUUUCACAAACAAUGUACUUAACAGUUUUUAGUGGCUUCUUUAUGUCUAGAAACUGUAUGGUAUUCAAGUAAUAAAAAUAUGUGGCGUACCGACCACAACGCACGUGAAA